UUUCCAUAUACGAGAAAACUUCAUUUUCCAUCGGAAGAUUCAUUUUUAGGAGAAAAUGGAAAGUGGGUUUUAUUCAGAUUGGAAAGAUACUUCUUCUUCUUCGUUGUUUGGAUCAGAGAAUAUGGAGGAAGAGUUGGAAGAUGGAGUUCUCAGAGCUGAAGAGCUUUUCUCAUCGAUUCCUCAGCCUCAGACACCAAAAGAGCCAAUGGAGUUUCUGUCUAGAUCCUGGAGUCUCUCUACUUCUGAAAUCUCCAAAGCACUUGCUCUUAAACAUAGACAACAAGAAGAACAGUUUUGUGUUGGCCAGAACAGUCCUCCUGUUUUGUUCCCUGAUGCUGCUGCAGAUCCACUCGUGGCUGGGAAGAUCAUGAACUCUGUUGGCACACGUAGAGCAGGGACAUUAUCCAAAUGGUUUCACCACCACAAGGAACACAGCAGCAGCAGCACUACCAUCAAUCUCAAGAAGAAAGACAAGGUCCGUGUUGAGAACGCCCACGUGCAUUCUGCUGUCUCUAUAGCGGCUCUGGCUGCAGGCUUAGCCUCUGUAACAUCUGCAAGCAGUUGCAAAGGGUCAGGCUCCAAGAUGGCACUGGCUUUAGCCUCAGCCACUGAACUGUUGGCCUCACACUGUGUUGAGAUGGCUGAGCGAGCCGGUGCUGACCGUGCACGUGUUACUUCCACGGUUAGAUCUUCUGUGGAUAUCCACAGCCCCGGUGAUCUCAUGACUCUAACAGCUGCUGCUGCAACUGCUUUGAGAGGAGAAGCGGCUCUGAAGGCGAGGCAGCCAAAGGAAGCAAGGAAAAAUGCAGCUAUUACCCCUUUUGAGAGAAGCUUCUCUGAUUCUCAUUGGCAUGCAAAUUUUCAGUUUAGAUUGGAAGAACCAAAUCUUCCAUUUGAAGGCGAACUGAUGCAAUGUGCCCGAAAUGGAGUGCAGCGAACUAAGCGUGUCUGCGUCUAUAUCAACAAGAAGUCUCAGGUAAUGAUCAAGCUCAAAAGCAAACAUGUUGGAGGGGCAUUCUCCAAGAAGAUCAAAUGUGUUGUCUAUGGAGUCUGCGAUGAGAAAUCAGCUUGGCCUUACAGGAAAGAGAGGGAAAAUUCAGAAGAAGUCUACUUCGGUCUGAAAACCGGACAAGGUCUUUUGGAGUUCAAGUGCAAGAACAAGAUUCACAAGCAGAGAUGGGUUGAUGGGGUUCAGUCUCUUCUCCGCCAAGUAAACUGCUUUGAAGCUGCCAAAUGCUCGCUGGGAUCUCUGAGUCUCACCGGUCACACAUGAUACAGGAUCCUGUAUAUAUUUGAUUAUAUACACAUAUAUAAUAUCCACAUUUUUGCUGUUGUGAGGUAUUUGUAAAACCUGGCAAUGUACAAUGUCAGUCUCUGUAACCUCAGUAGACUUUUGGAUAAAACACAGCAGGUUGU